UACGGCAUUUGGCUCUUGUCCGGCAGGAAAAGACCCCGCUUGCAACGCCGGGAUCGGGACUGCUUUGGAUGCACAGCAAUCCCCCCGCUUGUCUGGAGCGUGGCGGCGGCGGAGGGGGAAUCCUGUCGAUUUGUCAGGACCAUGAAGAGAAAGCUGCAGUCCACAAGCAGCGUCCGGUAGCCUCCCCCACCCCCAGCAACACCAGCCCCUUGGGAGGAGGAACUUUUCCUUCGUUUGGCUCUUAUUUUUACAAAGGCCGGGGGGGCGGGGGCUGUGAGUGAGACCUGUAAUGGCAAAGAAUGUCUUCGGAGGGGGAAUCAGAUUCAGCCGCUGAAACAACAGCCAGUACUCAAGCAGCAGCAGCAGCAGCAGUAACUGCAGCCACAGAUGCUAGAGAGGAGCAACAGCCCGUCAAGCAGUCUUUGGGUGCCUCGAUGUGCAGAGAGUCCCACUGGAAAUGCCUUCUCCUCUCUGUUCUUAUGUAUGGCUGCCUGGGGGCAGUAGCUUGGUGCCAGCUUACGCAAGUCACUAAGCUCAGUUUUGAUAGCUCAUUGAAAGGCAAGUCCAUGAUCUACCAUGACAGCCCUUGCUCUGAUGGCUAUGUCUAUAUUCCAUUAGCAUUUCUCACCAUGCUGUAUGUGGUCUACCUGGUGGAGUGUUGGCACUGCCGUGCCAAAAGUGAACUCCAGUACAAGGCUGAUGUGGACAGUGUCUAUGACCGAAUUGCCAGGAUGAAGCAGGCCACGCCUUGUAUAUGGUGGAAGGCCAUAAGUUACCAUUUUGUCCGACGAACCAGGCAAGUGACUCGGUACCGCAAUGGGGAUGCCUAUACAACCACCCAGGUCUACCAUGAGAGGGUCAACACGCAUGUGGCUGAAGCUGAGUUUGACUAUUCCCACUGUGGAUUCAAGGACAUUUCUAAGGAGCUGUUGGGCCUGGAGUGGUAUUCGGCCACAAAACUCAAGUUCAGCAAGUGUUUCAGCUUUGCCAACACAGAAUCUGAGAAUUCUUACCUAACCCAGAGGGCUCAUUUCUUCACAGAGAUUGAAGGCCUAGAUGACUACAUGGAGGUCCGAGAAGGCAUGAAACUCAAAAACAUAGAUUUCAAAGAGCUCAUGAUGGCCUAUGGGGACCCAGACAACCUGCCAUGGUACGUAUCCCACUAUGCUUUCUGGGUGGCUGCUUUGAUGAUGAUUUCCUGGCCACUGAGAGUUUUCAUAGAGUAUCGGACUGCAUAUGUGCACUACCAUGUGGAGAAGCUCCUUGGGGUGGAGUACAGAGUGCCCACUGUGGCAGAGGAGCCCUUGUACAGAUAUCGCAUCCCCAGGGUCAGCACUCAGGACAGCACUGAGCUGGAGUGGCACAUCUGCACCAACCGCCAGCUGAUUCCCAGCUACUCAGAAGCCAUGCUCAUGGACAUGACAAACUCUCCCAUAUGCAAUGGCUACUCCAUGUGCAGAUACAGUGAAAUGACUCACAGUUGUGAUCACUGCCGCCAUGCCUCUAGUACCUCAUCCAUCUUCUCUCGCCAUGCCUUCCAUAGCUGCAGUGGCAAUUCACAGCUCUCCCUUAACACCAGCCGCUUCUCCUUGUGCCGGAUUCAUGGCUCUCACAGGACAGGCCUCUGGAGGAGCCGCAGCAGCAGCAUUGCUGACCGUGGCUGCCAGGAUGACCAGUGCUGCUCCCACUCAAGCCAGCUGGCCAUCAAUGAAAAUCCACCCACUUAUCAUGAUGCACGGUUUUUCCCAGUGCUCAUUGUCCAUAGGCCUGAAGGGCAGGAAAGGAGGCACUUCUACCUCCGUCGUGCAUCAUGUUUGGAGACUUCACUGUGAAAUGCUUCCUGUCACUCCAUUAGGACAACUUCACUGCCGAAUGCUGUGCGUCAGUGACAGCAACACCAGGAAGGUCAUCUGAUCCAACUGCUCUCUGGUUAAAGUCCCAGUUGUCAAUUUCUCCCAAUUAGGAGUCACACCCACUCAGAAGUGAAGGAAGGGUCACUUCUACGUCUGAGGGUCCAUUAAUACAUUUAUUCAUUAAACUGGUAUUCUGCCCUUCCUCCAAGGAGCUCAGGGCAGGUUAUCCAAUCAUAUAUUCACACUAACCUUAUGAAAUGGCUCUAAGUGGGUUUCCCCAAGGCUUAUCCACUGAACUUCCUGACUGAAUAGGGAUUUUGCAGUCCAGCUCACUAUCUACUACACCACAGCAGCUCCUGUUUAGUUAGAAGAUGGCGUUUAGUCAGGAGAUUCAAGAAUCCACACAUGGUAACUGUAUUAUUUCAUUUCCACACAGGGAAACAUUUGUCUGAAAUUACCUCACAUGAAAAAGAAAAUCACUCCAUCAGAGAAUAUGGUAGUUGUCAAGCCAUAGUAAUGUCAGAGAUAUUUAUGUGGCAGUUCAGGCAAUGCCUACCCAGAUGCCUCCCCAGACAAUGCGUUGAUAAAGUUACUAUAUAUGGAUUUUCCUUUCUCAGAAAUCCAUAUAUGGACUGGAACCAAGAAUCAUUUGAGAAAUUGGAAAGUUAUGUAAGGAACUGGAAAAAAAACCUGUUUGUGAUGUGUAAAGUAGUGAUACACACUACUUGUUACGUAUGAUGAUCCUAAACAGAUUAAAAACUAAA